CUGCUGCCGAAUCCGCGUGUCGCGGCCCUGUCGGGUCGCGCGACCACGCGUCCCUCACUGACCCCCAGGAACUCAUCGAUCCGCCGCGACGAAGCCAAUCACAGUCCGCUGGCCCCGGAAACUGGCCCUCUGAGGCCACGGGCCUUUCUAGCCGAGGAUCUCAUCAACCGACUGUAUGUAUGCCUGUUAAGCCCGAAUCGCCGACUCAUUUGCUUGCGUGUUCAAAGCACAGACCGGUCGGUGGGCGCUGAAGGCGACGGGGAUGGUGAUGAUGAUGACGACGGCGAUGAAGCCGGUUUGACCUUGGACCCACACGCGUCAUAUCUGCCCGCUGUGGAUGCCGUCUACGUUCCGCAGUCGCGGAUGACCGUGUGCUUGGAGGCUAGCAAAUCGAUAAUACUCUACUCUGGCAUCACAAGGGUUUGCGUGCUUGGCGUGGUUCCGGCAUUAUUUUCCCCCUUACCGCCAGUCGGCCUUCAUCCAAGCAGUCUUCGUCCGCUAACUGUUCGGCCACCGAGCUCCGUAGUGGCACUUUCUACGGCUAAGGCCAAGAUUACAGAACUUCUUUCGGUAAUCACCAAUGGCGAGCCCAAUUCGGGGUUUUCGGAGUCGCGAUUCGAGGCCAAUCUAGCGGCGGCUACAUCUCACCUGGCCCUCGUGCCGGUCGCCUCUUGCGAGGCGAAGUCGUUCGCAACAUGGCGUUUGUGCUUGCCAGCAGGACGUCAAUUCACACUCGCCUUCAUGAGGCGUCCUAAUGUCGAUUUUGAAGACGUUUCCGCGGCCCCUGAAAGCCAAACUCCGGUCUGCGAGAGGGAGCUACAAAUCCAGCUUCCGGUUCUAGCAAGCAACACACUAGAUUGUAAAUCCCAGGCUCUGGAGCUAACUCGAUUUGUAAUUGGGUGGAUGUGCAGUGCCUCCUUCCUUUCAGUCCGCCAUUGUCUGGAUGCCUUCCGCUGUGUCCUGCCCUGCGACGUCACCCUUCACUUGCUGACUAGUUGGUUCCGCCACCGAAAUCCACCCACAGGAGACGUCGGCACCGGCGAACUCCCCUCCUUCGCGCGCUUCAUCCUCAUGACCUUCGGUCUCGUUCCUGAAGGUGGUUCCGCACCGGCCUCCCCAAUUGAGACCGGCAGCGGCGAUUUGAAGAGGCUCAGAGCGAGGAAGAACGAGUCCUCCGACACACCGGACGACGUGAAGAUGGAACUGCUCGGCGGACUUGAGGCUCCUGGAAGUGAUUUCGCGGUAGGCCUCAGAGUUAGAGACUUGCCUCGUUGGAAAGCUGUUCAACACCUUCCAGACGUGCUCUUCUGUCUACACAUGGUGUUCGAGAACGAUCACCUCAACGUCUUCUUGGCCGACCAAAUCAAAGUUCUCGCCAUCUUGAACCACAUCCUCGCAAGGUACGCACGUUUCUCGUCCUACGUGGAGUACUACUCGAUGAGUGGUGUGUCGACUCUGACCCCGAGCGGCCUUUACUCGAUUCCCCGGCUGCCCACGGAGGUGGCCCAGUGUCUGGUCUGGUCGCCGCAUGUCCGAGCCUCCCACCAAUCCGCGCCCUCUCUGAGUCGGUGGUGCGUCUCGACCUUGAGCACGCGAGGCAGUGCCCCCUACGUCCACGUGGUCGGUGUGAACGACACUGCGGCCGCGCUUGCAUCGCUCGUGCUCAGCAUGAGUCAGCGCGUGACUGUGGAAGCCGAUGGUGAUGCCUUCAGACACGCCGUUCGCCUUUGGACGGAGAGGAUUGAGCCGAUUGGCUACGAGGAGGGUAAAAGAAGAGAUCCAGCCGGAGUGAUUGCGACCUCUGGGACCGAUUCCACGCCUGGUAAGGUCGAAAGCCUAGCAUUUGUGAUUGGGUAUGUUGUGUUUUUUGUUUCCUUCGUAGACUUUGUCAAAGCAGCCGCACAAAACCCCAUCCUACUGGCCUUCGCAACCGCCUUCGUUAAGGCUGAAGAUGGCAGAAGCCAUCAGCAAUCUGAGAGCAGCCUUCCGUACCAACGAGCCGUUCUAUUUCUCAGUGAACUGGGCAUGCAGUUGACGAACAGACUUGCUCAGUUGCCACCGGCCUACACAUGCAUCCUACAAACCGCAUUGGCUGCCUGCCAGGCCUCUCCACCAACCAAUUGUGCACCAGAAAUUUAUCGAUUAAUCGGACGCCGCGAUUUGGCCCGCCAGUUUGAAAUCAUGCGGUGCUCGGGCGCCUUGCUCAGUCAGUCGAGCGCCACGACGCGCAGCCACCUCCCACACAUCCUCUGUUCGCGGUCGCUGGAGCCCCGUCGUCAGGAGGGCAAUCAGGACCUCUGCCAAGCCUGGAGUCCCGCAGAGCGUUGGGCCAGCAUCGUGCUGCCCAUCCUGACCACACCGAGUUCCGCUAACAGAGACGGUUGUGUUGGUAGCGCCUACACAAGCAUGCUGGCCUCGCGGCACUUUCUGCUCACCACACUGGAGAACAACCCCGCGUGUCAGGUCUCAUUUGAGGAUCUUCGCUUACAAGAGGCCUACAAGCUGGUGCAGACCAGCAGCCACAUCUGGCUCCCACGGAUCUGCACCGACGAGUCCACAUUCGGACCGCCAAUCUUCCCCCACUCCACCAACACCGAGACUUCUCCGGGCGCGGCCGCAGCCAACAUCGCCAAAGCGCGUCUCGAUAUGCACUUGGCUGCCGCCUGUCAACGCACCUCCGCGCUGCCCCUGGGCAGGGGGAUGCUGGGCCUGGGGAGUCUGGUUGCGUCACCCCCUCCCCUUCUCCCCGUCUACCCCCUUUGCCUGCGUGGCAGGGCUGUGGUUUCCCCUCUGUCCGGCCUGCCGGUGCACCAGGACCUUGCGCGUGGAAGUCUCGCCGAAACUGGACGGGCGUCCGCCGAGGUGAUUGGCGGAUCCGCAGCCUCUGACCACCCAGGAAACGCAAGCGCUCUCGCUGUAAUCGCAGCCGUGGUCGCCAGUGGCUGUGCUAGCUCUCUUGGGACGGCGUGUUCGUUGUCACGCCUGCUGCAACCCAGCGAUGCGAAUGGGGUUGGCGCAAACGAGGGCGGUGGCGCUGGGGCAGGGGGCGGCGGUGGUGGUGGUGGCAGCGGCAGCGCGUUGCGUCGUUUGGCCGCUCUCGCCUCCAAUGCCACCCUCUCGGCCGCCUCUGCGGUCUCGUCAAACAACAUCCUCCACACACCCGCCGUCCUGGCCGCCCGCCAUUGGCCCGACUUCCACAACGGCGUCGCUGCUGGUCUUAUGAUCUCGCCCCACGCCUCGAUUGAUGCAACGUGGAUAGUGCAAAACUGCAAAGCCAUCGCCCUCGGUGGCGCGACCUCAGCAGCCGUCCUCAACUCAACGCCGCCUUCCGCCUGCCCGUAUUCGCCCACGCAAGCCGGCUUCCUGUACGGACUGGGACUGAACGGCCAUCUGAACAAACUCUCGCCUCAGUACAUCCGUGAAUUCACCGUCCAGGUGCACGACCUGUCCAACGCUGCCGUCAUUCUCGGCAAAUACCUUCGUCAGGUGGUUGAUGCCUCAUCAACUCCGACUUUGGUCAUUCGAAUAGGUCUGUGCGCCGGUAAGCGUGGAACCAUGGACCAGGCCACCCUUCGUCUCCUUGCUGUGCACUACCGUCCCCUCUUGCUGCCGGAGCCCGUGCUCAUCGAAAUGAGCGUGCCGUCGAUUUGCCAGGCCGCGUCCGCCUUCGGUCUGGGCCUUCUCUUCCUCGGAUCCGCGCACAGACACAUUGCCAGCAUCCUCCUGGCGGAGCUAGGCAAACCCCUGGGGUCCACGUCCAACGGCUGUGUCUCGGCCAACGCUGGCUCUUCGAACGACCGGUCCACUGCCGGUGGCGGCGGCGGCGGCACAAACACAAACGACACGUCCACCCCCGACGCCAGCUCCAACGGUCAGAAGACUGCGUGUGCCGGCGGUACGGGAGGUUUCGCUGGCGACAGCCGUGAACUCCUCUCGCUGUCUGCCGGCCUCGCACUGGGCUUGGUUUUGCUCCAGCGAGGUGAUUCCCCGUGUGGUCUGUCGGAUCUGGCAGUUGCGAACACGCUCUACGCGUACAUGACCGGUGGCCGGAGAGACUCGACCCUGUACAGCCUGGAUGCAUGCUACGACGGUCCCGGCCAAACAGUUGAUGCGCUCUGCAUAAACAUCCCCCGUCCACCGCCGGGCCACCCCUUGCCCCAAUUCCUGCAACCUCACUUGCUUGCUGUUCCCGGCCGGUCGCGGGUGCUCACCAAGAAGCUCCACCGCGAGACCUCCUUCCUCACGACCCCCGAGGACACCUCGUCCAUACCCAUCGAAGAACUUGCCGAUUUGGGUGUCCCCACGGGUACAGCAGCGUCAGCAGCCACCUACACCGUCCCACCAAUUGAAACCAGCCGACUCUUGGCAGCCGUGGAUCCUCUGGAGUCGAUCAUUCAGGAGUGUGGUGGUGUUAACCUCACCUCCGAAAUUGGAACUGCCGAGAACCCCGUCCCCGCGCCUGCAGUUCCCCUUCGAGGAUCGACUGCAACGCACCACCACCGCCUACCCCCGAUCGGCGCUGCCUCUCAAUCCAACCACAGCCAACAGAUUAGGGAGCGCGACGCCUACAACAGCGACGUCUCUGCCCCCGGAGCGAUAAUCGCUCUCGGUUUCAUCUACCUAGGCACUGGCAGUGAAACCGUCUCAAAGUGGCUUCAAGCGCCCAACACCCACCGCGAACUCGAGUCAGUUCGGCCGGAUCUGCUUGCUCUCCGGACGAUCGCUUGGGGCUUGGUAAAUUUUGACAAAGUUGAAGCCACCGCCGACUGGAUACAGGCGCGGGUUCCAGCGUGUAUUCUGAGUGUCCUCACGCCGAGACCGCCGAAAGAAGAAGGCAUUGCUAAGGUUGAAGGUGCGGAGGACCCCGCUUCACCGCUGGUCAUGUCCACGGAGACGGAUGUCGAGAACAGGCAGCCGAGAGGCAGAACACUCAGCGGAACGAGCUGUUUGGGUCGGCGCCAGCCGCGGCGACAACCACUCUCACCCAAACUCCCAAUAAUCCAUGCUUACAACUCCUUCACCCUCCCCGACGCCUCCACGUCUCCGCUUAUUGACUAUUCGACAAUCAGUCUCUCCUACUUGAAUAUCCUUGUCGGGGCCUGCUUUGCGAUUGGUUUAAAGUAUGCCGGUACCUGCGAUCCCAAUGCAACGGAGCUAUUGCAUAAGAUUACAAUUAGCUUUCUGAGUGGUGAUUGGUGGCCUCCAAACCACACCAGUUCCACGGAGAAGCGGGAUUCACUAACCGAGGCGGCGUCUUCCUCCACCGGCCAGCAGAGCUCCUUCAUCACCAGCGCCUCCACCCCGCCGAAGCUCACCGACCUCCCGCCGAUGGAGCAGGCGGUGCGACACGCCGCAGCCACCUGUCUCCUUUCCCUAGCCAUGGUCCUGGCAGGUUCAGGGAACCUCACCGUCCUCCGACUGGUUCGCAAGCUGCGAGCCAUCCGCCUCUUCGGCAGGUUCCACAAGACGGCCGCGUCCACUUCCUCCAAGGGCUGGCCUUCUUCGGCGGAGACGGGACGUCUUUUUCAGGUGGCUGCCACAGCUGCGCAGGCGGCACUGAACGUCCAGACAUUGCCGACCGGCAGUCCGGGCAAUCUGCCCGUUUCCACUGCCGCCAUCCUCGGCUCUGUCUUGGCGCCCGACUUCACUCUCCAGAUGAUCUACAGCAGUGUUGUCGGACUGCUUUUCCUUGGAGGGGGGCGACUAACCCUCUCUAACACCCCCGAGGCAGCGGCCCUAUUAACGGUCGCCUUUUUCCCUCGCUACCCUGUUUACGCCGGCGACAAUUGGUACCAUCUACAGUGUCUGCGACACCUGUACGUGCUCGCCACGAAACCGAGGCGUCUAUGCGGAGUCAACGCCUUGACCAAUCAGGUUGAACCAGUGACCUUGAAGUGUUGGUACAAGGAUCGGCCCGAUUGCAUUGUCUCCAAACAAACCGCCGUUUUUCCGUCCGACUUCUGGGAACACGGAUCCAGCAUCCAACUUUCGUGUGGCAAGGUGUCGACAGUCUUUGACCGUGGGACCAUCGAGUGGAAGCUACUCAAGAAAUCACUCGAUGAGGCUGGCUACUUCUUCGUCUGCAAGGAGCCCUUCCCUCGCCCCUAUGCUCACUUCGAGAAAAUCACAGAGAACUGCCUGGCUAAUUGGACGCAACCAGCCUGCAUGUGGCAGCUUCGGCUAAUAGCUGCCUUCCUCACGUCAGAAUUCCUCGGCCAAGAGGCACAAAAUCAACCGCUGUGCCGUCUUUCCAACGUCUUCGGCUCUAGCGGUGUUCUCGCGCACGCCGUGGCAACACGGCUAAUCCACCAGUUUGGCAUGCAUGCUCAGGACAUUCAAAUGGGUCUUCGCGUGUACUUCUUUGGAAGCCUGUCCGAGAAACUGGCUCUGUCGCCGGAGGUUCGAGCCAAAACACUCGCCUUCCGUAUUUGGUUUUGCAUUCCCACAGCGCAACAGCUGCGACCGCUUCUUCCCAACCCCACUGGAGACCGCUGUGUUUCCCUUCCGGAAUUUCUGAUGGCCAUCAGACCGACAAAAGACAGCCUCGAUCCCCAAGCUCCUUACUGGUUGCACAGAUUCCUCUAUACCAGGCUCUAG